ACUCGGUGGCGUCGGCAUUGUUACAGCUAACAUUACAUGCAUCGAGAAUGAACAAGUCUGGCACUUUCGAAAAAAAACACUCGGCAAUAUCUAAAAUCUGUUGCAGUUGCAACGUUUUUAGAUUAACUCAACAAUUUGAAAAAGUCUCAACACAGAAGCCGAACAUUUUGGAUUUAUCAGGAAAAUCUUCAAAGAAGAGAUUUCAAUUUAGAAAAUUUAUAAUACCAAAAUUAAUUACAACUCCUCCGGAAGAGCAUAGCGAAGAAAAGGAAGAUACCGAAGAAGAAAGAAUGGAAAAGUUGAAACAAAUAAAGCAAAUGGUUCUUCUAACUGUACCUUCUCUUCAAGCAAAAACUUUUGAGGAUUUAACCGAAUAUACAGAACCUAUACAUCUGUAAAAAAUUUUUAUCAUUUAUUAAUUAUUUAUUUCUAUAAAGAUUCAUUUUAAGACAUAAACUAUAUUCGCUUUUCUGAGUUAAAUGUAAAAUAAGCAGAGUAACAUUUAAGAAUGUAAAGUAAUUUGUCCUAGCACUUUAUUAAGUAUGCUACGCACUAAAAAUUGACAACCAAGUAUAUCACCUAUUGCUGUUGAGCUUUUUACAAAGAAAGGUAGGUUUUUUUGGGGUUAUUUCGUACUAAAUUCUAACGGUUAGAAGACGUACAAGUGAAUAAAUAACUUAAAUGUAUAUUUCUCACUAAUAUAAUAAAUAUUAUAUUGUAUUUAUCAAAUGAUUUAGAAGAAAAGAAGGGACUAGUUACUAAAGGAUUUAAUCAUAAUAAUUGCUAUCUGUUCGGCUAGUUACUAAGAAAAUAUUUGCAUGUAAAUUUUCUUUCAUCAUCAUACAAUAUCCCACUUCUUUUCAGCGGUAACUCAACUCUAGUAUCUAAUAAGUGUCUUUCUAUUUUGGUGUAACGACGUGAAUAUUUCUAUGGAAGCAUUAUAUCGUUCUUUGUUUCUUUUCAUUCUUAAUUUUGAUCCAGAGCUUACUCUUCAGUAUUAUUCAUAUUAUUUAUGCGUUUAAUGUAAAGGUAUAUACAGUAUAUAAAUUUAUACUGUAUAUGUAAAGUAUAUUCAUAUUUAAGAAAUAUAAUAAAAAUAGUCUGCUUGAC